AAAGUGCAGCGGCUACAACGAAAUGAAAGUAUACCAAUAACUAGACGAUUACAUUUGCUGUGUUGUGUGGUCUUUGGAGAAAUAGUUGUAUAUAAAAUUAAAUAAAUAUGUAAUCCAUUCGCCCAGAGAUUUUACACAAAGAGGGCCAUGAUUCAACCUUUGUUGAUCCAUCUUCUGUGACCUGUCAAAGAUGGAUGAAGGGAUGGAUUCUCAGAAAAGUGUGACUGCUGACGACAAGCCAGAUGUACAGAAUGAUGGUCCAAAAUCAGACUUUACAGAUAGAAAAGAUGAAUUCUUUGACUCUGGAACUAACUCUAGAAAAGACUGUGUGAUAACAGACAAUCCACAAGAUGAGGUAGCCUCUCAGAACUCCAUGGACUGUGGGUCUGUAACUAGGUUGGAUGAAUCUAGUCUUGCCUGCAGCAAAAGUAACGUAACUCAAACACAUUGUUCUAAUGGGCAGAAAUCAAAGAGGCCUAGUUCACCUGGUCCCCACCCUGUGAAAACAACCUGUGUUGCUGCCCAAACACCAAAUCCAAAACUCACCAUCUGUCUUAGUAAUAGCCCCUUAAAGGGCGUAAACACACCAAGUGAUGUGGAGAUGCUAAGUCCUGACAGCCCAGUCUGCAAAACCCUCUCCAAACCUGCAGACCGGGAUUGUGAUGAUGGCACUUUUUCGGACGACUCUGGGUUUGCAAAGGCUCAAGUCAUGGAAUCACAGCAGUUUGUCAGAGACUCUGACUGUAGAAGCUUAGCCAAAGACAGGGUCCAUCAGGUUGCUGUGGGAACUGAGGAUGCUGAAAUAGCCGAGUACAGUGGAUCAUCUGAUGCAAGUCAGGUCUUAAUUGGAAGCCAAGCAGGUGCAACUUUAGAAAGUAUCUCAUUUGCAUUGCAUAAUAUGGAAAAAGGUUGGAUGGGAACACCCAUAGAUGAGCUUAACAGAAUGCCUCAAUGUGCUCCUCCUCUGUCUCACCUGAAGGCAGUGCCUAACCACACUGUCACAAUAAGGACAGAUCUCCUCAAAGAGGGAGAGGUUCCUGUCCCAUACCCCUCCAAGUUCAAGGACAUGUGGGAUGAUGUGUCCGUAAAGAUGCCCUGCUCUGAGAAGAAUCUGUUUCCUAUGGAGACUGAGGAUGGAGGUGGAGUCCAGAGUCGGUGGGAGCUGAUCCACACUGCCUUGCAGGGAGGGUUCAAAAGUUCUCUGGAUGUGAGGGAUGCAAUAUUGAGAUACAACACAGCCCAUGCAAAGAAAUGGGACUUCACUGCCCUGAACCUUCUUUGCACAGAGUGUCUUGAGCAUUGUGAGGUACAACACCUGUUUGAGGUUGUGCUGCCGGCCAUGGUUGACCUGGCACUCAGCGCUCCUCGCCUCUGCACAAUGCCCAUUCCUUUACUAAAGUCAAGGAUGAACCAUUCCCUGACUCUGUCUCAGGAGCAAAUAGCCUGUCUAGUGGCCAACGCCUUCUUCUGCACAUUCCCCCGACGCAACUCUCGGAAGUCAGAGUACUGCAAUUAUCCUGAGAUCAACUUUUACAGGUUAUUUGAAGGUUCUUCACCGAGAAAAAUUGAGAAAUUGAAAACACUACUGUGCUACUUUAGGAGAGUCACACAAACAAGGCCGAAGGGUCUCGUUACAUUCACGAGGCAAACACUGAGCAAUCCUCCGGCCUGGGAAAGUUCUCAGACUCAGCUAACACGUCUACAUAUCACUUGUGAGGGGACAAUUGAAGAUGAUGGAUAUGGGAUGCUACAGGUUGACUUUGCAAACAGGUUCGUUGGUGGAGGCGUAACAGGACAUGGUCUGGUUCAGGAGGAGAUCAGGUUCCUCAUUAACCCCGAGCUCAUCGUCUCUCGCCUCUUCACGGAAGCUUUGGAGCACAAUGAGUGCCUCAUCAUUACAGGUGCUGAGCAGUAUAGUCAAUAUAGUGGUUAUGCUGAGAGUUACAAGUGGAAGGAGAGCUACAAAGAUGAAACUCCCAGGGAUGAGUGGCAGAGACGGUGCACAGAAAUUGUUGCCAUUGAUGCUCUUAAAUACAGGCACUUCCUAGAGCAGUUUUUUCCUGAGAAAAUGACCAGAGAACUCAACAAGGCAUACUGUGGAUUCUACCGAAACAAUGCCAACAGCCGACACCUAUCUGCCAUAGCCACAGGCAACUGGGGUUGUGGAGCCUUCGGCGGAGACACCAGACUCAAAGCUCUUAUUCAGUUGAUGGCUGCAGCCGAGGCGGGGAGAGACGUGGCAUACUUUACAUUCGGAGACGCUCAGCUCAUGAGGGACGUUCACGAAAUGCACAGUUUCCUCACAGAAAGACAGGUCACAGUGGGGAGGCUGUACAACCUUUUGAACCAGUACUCCAGUUUGGUGUGUAAGAACUGCCGCACAACUCGACCUGACACCAGUCUCUACAGUUUCAUCUACGAGAAGGUCUCCUCCCACGCGACUGCUGAUGUCUUGGACACCACCGAGGAUUCUGGGAUGUCCCCCGUUACAUCGGACUCUCAUUAAUGCAGGGAAAGCUGCAUCCUCAACCCCCCCCUCCUCUUUCCGUCUCUGUGCAAAAGAGACUCCAGGUUCAGAAAAAAAACUCAGUGUUGUGCUUACAAUCGCUCUUUUCUCUCACACACACUCCCUUUAAGUUUGUGAACACACAAACUACCAAAACACAAUUUUGCCUUUCUCACCGGUGGUGUUAUACUGUAGGAGCCUUGUAGUGAACCACCAAGAGUGGUGAAAUAUUUCAAAGACUUAUAGCAAUAGUAAAUCCUGGUUGCUGUUAGGCUUUUCUUUAGUCUAAAUGUGAUGUGGAAGAUUAGUUUUUACAUACUAAUGGUUAAUGAAAUCCAGUUAUGGCCAAAUAUUCAUCAUAUGCAUGGUUGUGGGCUCCUUUCACUAUUGAUGCUCCGGGACUCGGACGUGGAUCUUUGCGGGUUAUCCUGUCAUGUAUUGUGUUUGCUACUUUUUUGGAUGAGUUGUCGUCUCUAUUUACCAUACCCAGGCACUGAUGAGGAUCCUGAAUGCAGACAGAUGAGAUGCCAUACUGUAGUCUAUGCAUGGGUAACAUUUAUUUCUCAAAUAUUCUUCAGAUAUAUGCUGCUCUUUUAUAUCCUCUGGGAUGUCUACAUUUAAAUACACAUAUUAUCUUUAUUCCUUAUUUUAUUAUCAGUCAAACCAAUAAAAUGGUCACUGGUCUGAGAACUAUUUAAAAAAGAAAAACCUAUCUAUGGUCAAGUUAAUCUUACACGGUCAGUCUGGACAAGGUACUCAUCAUCAAAUAAUUCCUUAAAGUUAACAUUUCAGUGUUAAGCACAGUAAUGCUGUUGUACAUAAAAUACUGGGGAGCAGAUUUAGAGAGAAUUGCACGUAAAAUAUUAUUUUUGUUAACGUUUUUACUCAGCAUUUGCUUUGGGGAUGUGGUAUUAUUAUUAUUAUUUACUGUAUGGUUUGAUUGGCAGUUUGGGCACUAUUUAAUGGAUUCAUAUAGACUAAAGGUUGUACUGUAAAUGUAUUGCAUAGCACUGUACUUUUAGGUUGUACUCUUUUUAUUAUAAUUUCUUAAUUAAAAUAUAUCCUGCUAAAAUUGGAUCUCACUGCUCCAAGUUUAUACAUUGUGCUUUAUAGUAUAUGUUUAUAUGCACACUAACCAUUCCACUGUUAUUCCAACAUAACAAUACUCUGGUUUUACAGGUGAUACGGAAAUGGCAUAUUCCAUUUGGUUAUCUUUUUCUGGAUGGAACAUUUUCCAUCUAAGACAUGUCAGAUAUGCUGAUAAUAUUCCAGUUUUAUGAAGAGUCUUUGGACAUGUAUAUAGCUCAUUCAUAUGCAUCUCAUUUGCAGGUAUUUAACAGGUCCUUGUUAGCUGUCAGCUCCUUUCUGGUCAGAAGAAGAAACACAUGGACUGUUAAACCUUAUGAAAGAGAAGAUUAACUUUUUUUUUUUUUUUAAUACUUGCAAAUACUGAAAAGUUAUUGUUUCCCAGGCGCAGUUUGAAGAAGACAAAGAGAGCCCAAAACUAUUUUUAAUCAGGGUAUGCACUGCAACAUGUGAAGAGGAAUUAGUGUGGUAUAUUCAUUAGUCAUAUAGACUGGAGUUUUUAAUAGGACUGCUAUGUUUCUUAAGGAUCUGUUUUUGAUACGAAAACCCAAGUACUUUGUGCAUAUAAAUCACAAGUCACUGUCAAACUAUCUACAAACCACUGUUUACGAGCUGUUUAACACAAAAAUACCUCAUGUUAUUUGUUACCGUCACCAUAUUUUUGUCAUUUAAUUUCCUGAAAUCAUACAUGAUUUAAUCAUUUCAAAAGUGAUUGAUUUUUUGUGAUAGUGGCUCAUGUACCUAGGGCUUUCAGACAAAUUCAAUUCUGUCUCCAAACAUGAUUUAUUAGAUGAAUUAAGGUUCCUAAAUAACCUCAUGACGUGGACUUCCAUAAAUGGUGUGUAGGCUUGGCUAGGUUAAAUGGAUUACACAUUAUCUGCUUCUCCCGCUCUUUGCACUGAGCUGGCAUUGCCCAAAUGAGCUGUGGACUCUGUACAAAAUAAAUCCAGUUUGGCAGACCUAACUGUUGAUGGAUGCCCCGAGCCUGGGUCACCUGGACAUGAUCAUUGAUACUUAGGAUACUACUGUUCACAAGGUUCAUAUGGGCACUGAACAUUGAGAGAUUGUGCCAGGAAAUUCCUGCAAAUAAGUAAACAACAAUAAUGAUGCAGCACUUUCUCCAUAUUUCGAAAGCAAUUGAAAUGUCACCAGAAAUACCAUGCGAGAGGUUAGAAAGUGGUUUAAUCUUUUUUUAAGACAAGUUUUGUAAUUCCACACAGCUGUUUCAGUUGUGUAUCGUGAUGUAAUUAUUCUAAACAGGAUGUAAUUUAACACCAAGCCUAUAAUGUUACCCAGCGGCACAGGUCUUUUUCAUCAAUGAACACUAUUAAUAAAGCACCAGAAAGCAA